AUUCUAUUUUCUCCCUUCCCAAGCGGACGUCUCCGUCUCCACUGCUUCUUCUUAACUUGCUUCCUCCAAUCUUUUUCUUUUUUUAAGCUUCAAUUUCAAGUUCCUUAUCUGUAAUGGCGUAGCUAAAUCUCUUGCUAACUCCUACAAAAAAAACAAAAAUCGCCGGAUCUUGCUUGCACGAACUUCUCCGACGCUUCUUCUUCCGCAGAGUUUGCGUCGUUUUUUUCUAUAAAAAAAAAAUCCAAACUUGUCUACUUGAAAAAUUCGUGUUGUUUUGUACUGCUUCUGACUGAAUCUUAGAGUCUCCGAAAAAUUCGUCGACAAAACCUGUGUUGGAAGAGUGUAGCAUUUUGGAUUAGCUUGAAUUUUGAGGUUUUUGUAUUAGGUCAACAUGCGUGCCCAGAUGUUGUUGAGCUGUAUUGCUGGGAACAUUGUUAUGGAGAAUAGUUGUUAUUGAAGGAAGCGUGGUUUUUUACUCAGCUCUAAUGAAGAACGAACAGACCACACAGGAGUUGCUGUCUUCUACCCAAGUUUCACAUGAGUCCCAAGGUGAACAGAAAAUUAAUCAAUCAAUAGAAGCUCCUAUACAAGAUUCUGGUUCUGUAUCUGCCUCAAGUAAUGACGGUAGGAAAGUUUCAAGGCAAGAUAUUGAACUUGUCCAAAAUUUGAUAGAAAGAUGUCUUCAGUUGUACAUGAACAGAGAUGAGGUCGUGAAGACCCUCUUGACCCGUGCAAGGAUUGACCCUGGAUUUACUACUUUAGUAUGGCAGAAAUUGGAAGAAGAAAAUGCAGAAUUUUUCAGGGCAUACUACAUCAGACUGAAACUAAAAAGGCAAAUAGUUGUAUUCAACCAUUUACUUGAGCACCAGUAUCAGCUCACGAAGUACAAUGUACAUUCAAAAGUUCCUCCGUUCCCGUUCCCGAUGCGGAAUGGAAUUCAUCUCAUGGCACCUGUGACCAACAUGCCCAUGGGAUACCCAGUACUACAACAUCCUCAGAUGUCUGCUCAAGGUCAUCCCCAUCUUGACCCAAUGAGCUGUGGAAUUUCAAGCUGCCAUGUGGUUAGUGGAAUCCCUGCACCUGCUAGUUUCCAACCAAUGAGGAUGAACUCAGGGAAUGAUAUGGGAAUAGAUACAACCAUGGCUGAUCCAACUCCAAUGAUUCCACCAAGCAGUGGUAUCUCGGAUAUGCCAGUGAGUCCAGUUUCUGUAGCGUCAAGCGGACAGUUUCCAUUUGCUGCUUCAGACAUGCCAGGCAUGGGAAUGGACACAUCAGCUCUUGAUUCUACUUUCACAUCUGAUGUCGCAACUUCAGUAGGGUUACAACUUGAACCAGAUGGAGGAGCUGGAAAUUCUAGAGACCCUCUCAGGCCAUUUGAUCAGAUACCUUGGAACUUUAGUCUCUCUGACCUCACUGCAGAUUUGUCAAAUCUAGGAGAAUUAGGGGCCUUAGGAAACUAUCCUGGUUCUCCUUUUCUUCCAUCGGAUUCAGAUCUUUUACUCGAUUCUCCCGAACAAGACGACAUAGAUGAAUUCCUUGUGGAUUCGGUGCCAGGACCUCCAUGUUCUCAGUCAGAAGAAGACAAGCCUUAAUGUAAGGCUAUAUUCCUAUAAAUCUCUCUCAAGUCUUGAUAGAGCUUUUGGUAGUUAAUCAUCUCUAGGAAGCAAGUAAGGUUUCUGCGUUCCGCUAUAUUAGAGAAAACCUCCCAAACGGGAUUUCAGGGUUUUCAUCAUCUCUUUUAUUUUUAUUUCCAUCUUCUAAUGUUAAUGAGAGAUAGAACUUAGAUUAAUCGGUUAGUGCAGUUUAUUAUUGUACACCUUUAACUUGGGAACCUGCAAGACUGUAGAGAGACCCAUUCACCAUAUCAUUGUAUAAUAUCUUCCAAUAAUCUAUCUUCUUGUUAAAUUAUA